AUCUAAUCUGUAAGUUGGUACAACUGUCACAAAAACUGACAUUUUGCAUUUUUCUUGUUUUUUCUACCCUCUCUUUCUUUUCUUUUUCAAAAGGCUUUCGAUCUUAAAAGCCAAUAAUGGGUCGCGUUAUUCGUGCACAACGUAAGGGAGCUGGGUCCGUCUUCAAGGCCCACGUUAAGAGACGCAAGGGAGCCGCCAAACUUAGGCCUUUGGAUUUUGCUGAACGUCAUGGCUACAUCAGGGGUGUAGUUAAAGAAAUCAUUCACGAUCCAGGUCGUGGUGCUCCAUUAGCAGUUGUUCACUUCCGUGAUCCUUACCGCUACAAGGUCCGCAAGGAAAUGUUCAUUGCCCCCGAGGGUAUGCACACUGGCCAGUUCGUCUACUGCGGACGCAAAGCCACCCUCCAAAUCGGCAAUGUCAUGCCUUUGUCCCAAAUGCCCGAAGGUACAAUCAUCUGCAACUUGGAAGAGAAGACCGGUGAUCGUGGCCGUUUGGCCCGUACCUCUGGCAAUUACGCCACAGUCAUUGCCCACAAUCCAGACACAAGGAAGACCCGUGUCAAGCUGCCUUCAGGAGCCAAGAAGGUUGUUCCAUCUGCUAACCGUGCCAUGGUUGGUAUUGUUGCUGGUGGUGGUCGUAUCGAUAAGCCCAUAUUGAAGGCUGGUCGUGCUUACCACAAAUACAAGGUGAAGAGGAACAGCUGGCCAAAGGUACGUGGUGUUGCCAUGAACCCUGUUGAACAUCCUCACGGAGGUGGUAACCAUCAACAUAUUGGUAAGGCUUCGACUGUUAAGAGGGGAACUUCAGCCGGUAGAAAGGUUGGUCUUAUUGCUGCCCGUCGUACCGGUAGGAUUCGUGGUGGUAAGGUUGACACCAAGAAGGAUGCUAAGUAGAUUUAUUCCCGUUAAUGAUAGAGUUGUGUACUUUUAUUUUAAAGAAC